AUGUCCUUUCAAAAUCAAUACGAAUUGGCUAAGAUUCUAAACCAAUUAGAACCUCAACAAUUAACAAAAAAUGUGUUUUUUGGUCCAUUAAAUGCUCUAACGAGAGUGGAUUUUUUGAUGACAAAUAAUAUAAAGUUUAUAAUUUCCACAGGUAUGCCAGUUUAUUCAGCCAUGAAAUGUUGUGCCAACAUUCCCAUGGAAAAGUAUGCUUACGUUCUAAUUAACUUUGAUCCUACCUUUUCUAAAAGUGACUAUAAUGAUGAAAAAUUAUUUCAAAUUAUGUGUUAUAACCAGAUAUUUUCUGCACAAUUGAGUAGCUUUGUCAAUAGGGCGUUAUCUACGGUGGAAAGGGAAGAGGAUAUUUAUAAUUCACAAUCCAUUAAUAUCCUACGGUCAAAUAUCAUAACAAGCGAUGGCCUGCUAAAAUUUGAAGUUUUCAAUGAUUUCAUAACUCUAUGCAAAAGUGCGAACAUGGGAAACGUUUUAAUUGUGAGCAACAGUGGAAACGAUGAAAGUUUAACAUCAUUACUAAUAUCUCAUGUCAUGAGGAAUAAUUGUCAGGCAACUUUACAGGAUUCGAUAUCUUAUGCCAAAAGUUUAAGACCAUCUGUUCGUGAUAUUAAUGAAAGUAGACUUUUGAUGUGUAAUGGAUUAAGUGAAUAUAUUGAACAAGUCAAAUCGCAUUCAUGGAAGGAUAUUUUACGUCACCAAUGCUAUCAUACUAUAAAGAGAAAAGAAGACGGAAGUGACAAAGAAGAGAUAAAUUUAGAACGUGAAAUUAUGGAAAAUUACAAAAGAACCAAGAGGUUGAUUGAAGAUUGA